CAAGCCCAAACUCUUGUGUUUGCAUGAUUUUCAGUUGAAUCAAUUCAUCGUCGUUCUUCCCGAUACAUACGACAGAAAAUAAAAAAUGCGCUCAUGGGCAGACCCUAUCCUCGUUCUUCAUCACAUUCUCUUAACCCUUGUUUCUCUCGCCGUUUCCCAGCCUGACUUUCUGUACCAUUUCUGUGUCCAAACAGGCGGCAACUCCACUACCACGUACCGAAAUAAUCUCGAAACCCUCUUGCCUUCUCUCUCCUCCAACAUCGACAACUAUGGCUUCUACAGCUCUACCACUGGUAACAACUCCGAUAAAGCUUACGCUAUUGUUCUCUGUCGAGGAGACGUUCAGCUUGAUCUAUGCCGGAGUUGCAUCAAUAACUCUACCAGGAAGCUGCCACAGCUUUGUUCGAACUACAUGGAAGCAAUCGGUUGGUACGAUUACUGCAUGCUCCGAUACUCAAACAAGUCCAUGAAAGGCAUUUUGAGCGACACUCAGAUAUUCUAUAUGUGGAAUAAGGAGAAUAUAUCCAGCGGAGCGGAUGAGUUCAAUCGGACGCUGGCAAACUUGUUCGACAGUCUUCGGGAAGAGGCCGCGUCCGGUGGCAACCGCCGCAAAUUUGCCACCAAAAUCGCCACUGUUCCAGACUUUAGCCGAAAUAUAUAUGGGCUUAUGCAGUGCACUCCGGAUCUGUCCCGCCAGGAUUGCAAUAAUUGCUUGGUUAUGGCGACGGCCAUGAGACAAGAUUGUUGUAUCGGGAAGCCGGGAGGGAGAGUUAUCGGACCCAGCUGUAAUUUUCGGUUUGAGACAUAUCUGUUCUUUAAUGACACACCGGUUGUUACACCGCCACCGGUCGAUGCGCCGUCAGUUGAUGUGUCGCCGUCUCCACCAGGAAAAGAUGAUAAAACAAUAAUUAUAAUUAUUGUUAUUGUUGUUGUUGCUGCUUCAACUAUUGCUUUAUUAGUAAUGCUCAUCUUUGGGAUACUCAUUCUAAGGAAGAGGAAGCAGAGGAAGCUAAUGGAGAGACUUGGAACUCUGGAUGAAGCUAUAUCUACGGACGAAAUCAGUGUCCCUGAAUCCUUGCAAUACGACUUUGAUACUCUUUACAUUGCAACAGAUAACUUCUCUGAUAGUAAUAAACUUGGUCGAGGCGGUUUUGGAGUGGUUUACAAGGGUAAACUUCCUAAUGGACAAGAAAUAGCGGUGAAGAGACUCUCUUUGAAUUCUGGACAAGGAGAAGUAGAAUUUAAGAACGAAGUUAUGUUAGUGGCCAAGCUUCAACAUCGGAAUUUAGUUAGACUUCUUGGAUUUUGCUUACAAGAUAGAGAAAGGCUCCUUGUCUACGAGUUCGUGAUUAACUCAAGCUUGGAUCACUUCUUAUUUGAUCCUGUCAACCGUGCCAAUUUGGAUUGGGAAAGACGUUACAAAAUCAUAGGAGGCAUUGCUCGAGGACUUUUAUAUCUCCAUGAAGAUUCAAGACUUAGAAUUAUUCAUCGUGAUCUCAAAGCUGGUAAUAUUUUGUUAGAUGCUGAGUUGAACCCUAAAAUAUCAGAUUUUGGUAUGGCAAGAUUAUUUAUGAUGGAUGAAACUCAAGGAUAUACAAGCAAAAUUGCAGGGACCUACGGAUACAUGUCUCCAGAGUAUGCAAUGCAUGGACAAUUUUCAAUAAAAUCAGAUGUGUAUAGCUUCGGCGUUUUAGUUUUGGAGAUUAUUAGUGGUCAAAAAAAUAUUCGUUUUCAAAAUGGCGAGAAUGAAGAAGACCUAUUAAGCUAUGCUUGGAAGAGUUGGCGGAACAGAACAAUUUCAGAUCUGAUAGAUCCCGUAUUAAGGUACGGUUCAAGUCCAAUGAGUGAAAUAAAGAGAUGUAUCCAUAUCGGAUUGUUGUGCAUUCAAGACAAUGUAGCUGACAGGCCAACAAUGGCUUCUAUAGUUUUCAUGCUCAACAGCUUCUCUCACACUCUUCCAAUUCCUUCAGAACCUGAAUUUUUUCGACAACAUAAUAGCUACAACCAAGACAUGCCAUUGCUUCGAGGGUAUAAUUCUGAAGCAAUUGAGUCCAACAAUUCGAAAAGUAUUUCUAUUCACGCAUCGAUCAACGAAACUUCAAUUACUGAGUUAUAUCCUCGAUAAUAGCUACAAAUUAUGAUAUGUAUGAUUUUAUAUGUUUUGGUCAAUUCUUUGUUGGACUUAUCUUUCAUUUAUUAUACAAUCUAGCAAAACAAUUGUUGUUUAGUUGAUGUGCAUUAUAAUGAAUCUGUGAGUGCAAUGUCCAAAUGAAAUAAGUGUCCUG